CGUGACUUCAGUAACGUUGUCGUAGAAAUGGAUUGUGCGUGAAAUUUAAUGAAAUUCUUUGAUUUUAUCUUAUUUUCUGGACUAUGGAGGUGUGUGGUACAAACUGUUGAUUAUCUGCUUGCCUUGCGAGGCGAAAAUCUUUCGGGAAAAAUUGGGAACCGGCGUGACAGUCGAACUUUAUUUGACCUCUGUGCUGUGUUCUGAUUCGUUUUCGUCUUCCAGAAUCUGAAUCAAAACAAUCAAAUUUAUCAGAAAUGGCAGCAGACCAACAACUUUUCUGGGUUGUUUCGUCGAGUGUAUUUGUUAGAGCAAUUCAUUGUGGUUUAACCCUUGCUGUAGUUAUUACAUUUUUCAUCAAAAAUACAGAAAUAAGUCAAGAUGUGAAAGAUGGUCAAUAUUUAAUACCAAUCAUCUACAUAGUAUGUGUGAUAGUGCCAAUGAACUUCUAUUUUCUUGCCAGUUUGUCUGACCCUGGUUAUGUGAACAUCUCUGAACAUAGGAAUUCAAAAUCCAAGAGGCUUGGCAACAAUGAUGAUUAUAGUACCAGCGAUGAGGAGAUGGAAGAGGGCAGAUCAGAAGCCUCUCAAAUGCUUGACUCUCCAAAGAUUAAACUCAAAAAAUGUUCCUACUGUAAAAUAUUGCAACCAAUGCGAGUGAAACACUGUAGAGAGUGUAAACGAUGUGUUCACAGAUUUGAUCAUCAUUGCCCUUGGUUGGAUAACUGCGUUGGGGAGAGAAAUCAUCGCUACUUUUGGUUGUUUUUGCUAACAGAAACUGCUCUAAUUAUGUGGUCUCUGAAGAUUACAUGGUCUGCCUUCAAGCAUCAGGAAAAAUGGGAGGAAUGGCUACAGUACAAUCUUUUCUUCAUAUUUGCAUUUGCAUUAUUAUUGUUUGGAUUAAUGGUGGCUGGUCUACUUUUAGGAUGUCAUAGCUUCCUCAUUGCUGUCAAUACUACCACAUGGGAAUUUAUGUCAAGACAAAGAAUUCAGUAUCUCAAGGACCUCAAUGAUGAUGAAAAUCCAUUUGAUGAAGGAUUGCUGAAAAACUUUGUAAAGUUUCUGUUUUACUGUGCUCUGCGGCGUUGGGAGUUAAUGUACUAUAAAAAUAGUAUUGCAAGAAUUGUUUGA